GGGUCGAGAGAUUUCAAAAUUUCACUGAAUUCCCCUGGAGCAAAGUCUCAGGUAAUGAUUGUCUACUAUUAAUAUAGCACAGAUGGAAUGGCGUUUAACCAAUUUCUUCCAUGCUAUGGAUGUCGAUUAUAAUCUGCUAACAUACUGUUUAUCCUUAGAAGUCAACUCAUUGCCACAAUGUCUUCCCUCCCAGGAGAAAGCGCAGAGUGUGCUCCCCUCGAGCCAGAAUGUGUCUUGUGUGGUUCCACGACCGACCUUUCCCUAUGUUCGGGUUGUAGGAUCCUCCACUAUUGCGGCUCUGAGCACCAGGCCAUCCAUUGGCCCGCCCACAAAUCGGGUUGCAAAGCUAUCAAGGCAUUUCGCACGUCAUAUGAGCGUAUCAAGAGCGAUCUGCCCAAUGCUCUCGAAAAGGACGGCUUCGACUGGCACGGCAAUAACAAAGAGCUCACCAAUAUCUUCGAUACGUACAAAGGGAAGUUCUGGAAAAUCCAGUCCACCCGCCCGUACAUGCGCGCACGGUUUACGCUGGUAGAGCAGUUCUUGCAAGUCAAGACUUAUCCAGCUGUAGGAGCUGCUUUGGGUCACCUUGAAGGCAUGCUCCAACUCUGUCGUGGCGACAACUUAGGGGUACGGGACUACAUGCCGUCGCUAUAUCUGCGUCUGGGGCGUGACCAGGACUGCUACGAUUUUGUUAAAUGGUGGCAGACCACUGGCCAGUCAAGCACCUACGAUUGGGGAAACAUGGACAAUCCCUACCUUGAUGUGAAGGGCGCUGACGCGUUCGAGGAGGCUGACUAUUUCGACACACACUUCGGAGUCGGUAUAUCAAACGCUGCGGCGGUCACACUACUGAAAAUUCGACUUCUCCAAAGUCUCCGCGCCUUGGAUCAUGCAACGGCUUCCGCUGGAGGCAAAGCACCUCCGACCGCCAACGAAGAAGUUCGAAAACUUGUCACCAGCUCAAUCGUGACCGGAAACCCGGAAAUGAUGGCCAGUGGAGAUCACAGUGUGCAGAUAAUCAAGCUCGAGAGGCAGGUUCAGGGCCUCAUCCAAAAUAUCGCGAAGAUGAACGAGUUCUUCUGGCCCGCUAUGCUUUCUCCUCGUGAAGCACUGGCUUCAGUCCCGGAAAUGUACGCGCCUGGAUCGAAGGCGCACGCGAACCUUACUGUGCAGCAAAGCUACAAUUCCUGGGCGGAGACUCCUGGUGCGAUCGACAUGCUCCGCGAAUACCUGAAGUGAAGAACGCUACAUGGCCGAUUUCGCUAAGGGUUACUGGGUGCAGUGUCCCUCGAAAUUAGUGAAGGUAUCAGAUGCUCCUGGGGGAGAUGAGUAGACUCAAUGCAAAUCCAUAUGCGGUGAAGCUUAGGGAGCUUGCUGUGACCCUGCGUCAAAGGUUUCGGAACUCUGGAGGUAUGGUCUCAAGACUCAGAGCUACUACCUAAUUUCCAAAGUCCCAGAUAGUCUUAUGAGCGAAGCAAUCGUAGAUAAGGAGUUGACGAGUAUGACAAUGGACAGUAUACGGAGUAAUUAGUAUGGAAGCGAAGAAUUAGAGAGCAUGCUAUUCCCGCUAUUUUCCCAUUAUCACACUCAAU